AUGGCUGCAAACUACUGGGAGUCGACCCAGCGUCGCUUCUGGCUCUUCUCCAAAGAUGAGCUCGGCGCAGUCCGACAGAAACUCGAAGACGAGAAUGCCGACCUCGCCAAGAUGUUCCCUCUUCCGAAGACGCAGCAGCACCUAGGCAUAUUCUUCAACCAGCAGGUCAACCGUCUCGGCAAACGAAUGGUCGUCCGCCAACAGGCCAUGGCCACCGCCCAGGUCUACAUCAAGCGCUUCUACACAAAAGUCGAGAUCCGCCGAACGAACCCCUACCUCGUCGUAGCCACUGCCCUCUACCUCGCCUGUAAGAUGGAGGAAUGCCCACAGCACAUCCGAUUGAUCGUCAGCGAGGCCCGCUCGCUGUGGCCCGAUUUCCUCGGACUCGACACCUCCAAGCUCGGCGAGUGCGAGUUCUUUAUGAUAUCCGAGAUGAGCUCCCAGCUUAUCGUGUACCAACCCUACCGGACCAUGAAAAACUACCAGCAAGAGCUGGCUCUGACCCAGGAGGACAUCGCGCUGGGCUGGUCAAUCAUCAACGACCACUACAUGACGGACCUACCUCUUCUCUACCCGCCACACACCAUCGCGCUGACCGCAAUCCUGCUCGUGCUGGUUCUGAGGCCGUCUUCUACCAUGUCAGGGUCGAACCAACCCACGGCGGCGGGCAUUGCUGCUGCGAGUGCGGCGCUGGCCCAGGCCCAGGGUAGAGCACCGGGACUACCCCCGACGCCAGGAACUCCGAACCCCGCGGAUAAGGAGAAGCAGCCGGAGCAGAGAUUCGGCCGGGUCCAGAGGUACGGCGCCUGGCUGGCGGAGAGCAAUGUCGACAUCGCCGCCAUGGUCGACUGCACCCAGGAGCUUAUUGCGUUCUACGAUUGUCAUGAGCAGUACAACGACAAGAUCACGCGAGAACAGAUCAACCGCUUCGUCAAAGCUAGAGGGCUUGACAAGUGA